CAAAUUUGAACCGACCGCCCCUGUAAAUUCAAUCCAGUUAACCUAUUGUUCCUCAUCCAUUCAUUCGAAGUCAAUCAAAACGAAACGCCACCGAGUCACACAACCCUCACUUCUGUUGCCAACCUCUCACACUUUUCCCCUGUAAAUAUCCUGUCUCUGAUUUUACGGAGUACAUCGGGAAAUCUUCAGCUUCCUCCAUGGCUGCUGUAUUGGAAACUAUCACAGUUCCGCGUGCUUCUGCCUCCUUCUUGGCUCCGAUUGCCGCUUCUUCCGUCGCCGGUCGCCGCAACUCUGUUAGGUUCUCCGACUUUAGAGGGUCUAAGAUCCAGAUUGCUCAGUCCUCUGCUUCGAUUUCUUCCAGCUCAAAAUUCUCUUCCCGCGGACGUCGGAUCGUCUGCGAGGCCCAGAAUAUCGCUACUGAAGUUCCAGCUGUCUCUGACACGACAUGGAAGUCACUUGUUCUUGACUCUGACCUUCCUGUUCUUGUUGAAUUUUGGGCGCCAUGGUGUGGUCCGUGUCGGAUGAUCCAUCCAGUUAUUGAUGAACUAGCGAAGGAAUUUGCGGGUAAGCUUAAAUGCUACAAGGUAAACACGGAUGAUUCCCCAUCAAUUGCAACAAAAUACGGAAUCCGAAGCAUCCCAACUGUCAUGAUAUUCAAGGACGGGGAGAAAAAGGAUGCAGUGAUUGGUGCAGUUCCCAAAACGACUUUGUGCACCUGCAUAGAGAAGUUCUGUUAAAUUUGCUGGGUGGUAGAUUCAGCCUUGUGCUAUUUAUUUAAACUCAUCAAGCUUUUAUUUUAUGGUUAUGUCUCUAUAAAACUGCAGUUAUGGUCCUGUAUAGUUUGAACUUUGAACAUUGACUGUAUUACUAGCUGUUCCCUUUAAGAUGAUAUUAGUAAAUGCAUAGUCUUGAAGCUAAAGUAGUUUGUUUUGCUUUGUGAUUUCAUUGUUGAUUAUGCAAACAAAACAUGCUAAAAAACUUUGUUGUUCAGCCUCUGAAUUCAUUAGGAGAAUACGACCAACACAAAGUUGAAGUUGCA